GGUCGAUCAGGUGGGAGAAGAUUCUAUUCGAGCUUUUCGUAAUCGAAUAUUCAAUUUGAAAUUCAUUCGUAACGUACGUGUUCUGUGAAGAAAAUUGUCGUCAAUAUUGUCUGGCAAAUGAAAAAAAAAAAGUUUUCUAAGUCAAAUUGCAACAAUGUUAUCUUAACCAGACAAACGUGUAAAUAGUACACCUAAUUCAGAUCUCAAUUAGUUGUUUAUUGUUAAGUGAAGCGUUUGUGUCUAGUGAGCAACCAGUGUCGCAGCAAUUGAGAAACAUACAUUCGUCUAGAAAUGAAAUUAUUUACUGAAAUUGUGUUGAUCGUCGCCCUAGUUCGAUAUACUAGCGGAUACAAAAUUCUCGGACUGUUUCCUCAUCCGGCAACCAGUCAUUUCAAUAUGUUCCAGCCAAUUUUACAUGAACUGGCUAAUAAGGGACACGAAGUUACUGUGGUCAGUCACUUUCCACAUCCAAACCCACCGAAAAACUACAAGGAUUUAACGUUACCAGGAGAGGUCCUUACCAAUGCCAUUAGCUUACAGUCCGAUUGGUUCCUAAGCCGCCGGUAUUACGGCCAUUUCUACGAAUUCUGGUUCGUAUACCAAUGGGGCCAAGAAUCGUGUCGAUCCGCAUACAAUUCUACGGCAAUUCAAAAAGUUCUGAGCUCCAAAUCGAAAUACGACGUCAUUCUCAUGGAGACGUUCAACACCGAUUGUCUAAUGGGUGUCGUUUGGAAACUACAAGCACCGGUAAUUGCAUUGAGUAGCUGCAAUUUAAUGCCAUGGCACUAUGACAGAGUGGGAAAUCCACACUUACCAUCAUUUGUACCGUCGCUGUUCUUGGAACAUUCCGAUAACAUGACCUUCAAGCAACGAUUGUUGAAUUUCGUAGACAUACAUUUGAAGAAAGGCGCUUACAAUUGGAUCAUUGAUGGUUACACUGACCAUAUGUUGAAACAAAUAUUUGGAAACAAAAUACCAUCCGUGGCUGAACUCAAGAAAGAAACCAGCUUGAUGUUUGUAAAUUCACAUUAUUCGCUCAGCGGUGUUAAGCCACUUUCGCCUGCGGUCAUCGAAAUAGGAGGCAUUCACAUUAAAGAACCGAAGCCACUGAAGCAGGACAUGAAGGAUUUUCUAGACAGUUCUGAUGAAGGGGUCAUAUUCGUUAGCUGGGGUUCAAUGGUAAAGGCAGACACAAUGACCGCUGAAAUUAGGGAAAGUAUGGUGCGAGCGUUUGGAACUUUCAAAGUGAAGUUCUUAUGGAAGUGGGAGAAUGACACUCUACCGAACCAACCGGAAAAUGUCUAUAUCGAAAAAUGGUUACAGCAACGUGAGAUCUUAUGUCACCCAAAUGUUAAAGCUUUCAUAACACAUGGUGGUCUACUGGGCAGUUCUGAAGCAGCACACUGUGGUGUACCAACUAUAAUCACUCCAAUGUUCGGUGAUCAGUUCCUAAAUGCUGCUGGAAUGGUCCGAAGAGGUAUGGGUGUCGUCGUUCAUUACGAACAAAUAACGAUGGAGAGUAUGCAAAAAGCGAUUAAAUUUGCUUUGAGUCCUGCUACCCAAUUGAAUGCGAAAACUGUUUCACAUUCAUUCAACAAUCGAAUAACGAAACCGUUAGACACAGCGGUUUGGUGGGUGGAGCACGUUGCCGCCACGAAAGGAGCACGGCUCUUGCAAUCGAAUUCUGUUCACAUGGAUGGCUUUGCAUAUUACUUAUUCGAUGUAUACGCUGUCCUUGGGCUGGGAAUAGCUACGAUCGUUUCGAGUUGGAUCUGGGUGUUUUAUUGGUUUUGUUGUUAUCCGAAAACCAAUGAGCAUGGAAAAAUGAAAAGACAAUAAAUUUAAUGUUGAAUUUGACU